AAAUAAAGUCCUGGCAAAGCUAGGUUAUAGAGUGAGCCCUUUACAGCAGCCCUUGUCACCGACGUUAUACCGAAAACAGUCGGAAGAAUGUCCGCUGACGCCAAGGAGCAGCUGAAGGCCAAGCUCAAGGCGGACCCUUCGUUCCGCGCGGAGCUGAAGGACCGCAUUAAGGGCGCUCUGCUGUCGAAGGUGCCGGCGGCGCAGGCGAUUUCCUACAACUUCGAUAGCUACAUGAUUACGGAGGUCCAGCCCGGCCAGCUGCGUGUGCUGGAGGUCGAUGAGCGCCUCGUCCUGCCCACCAACACUCUUGUUCGCCUGCUGGUGACCGCCUCCGAUGUCAUUCACAGCUGGGCGGUUCCUGCUCUGGGUGUGAAGAUGGACGCUAUUCCCGGCCGCCUGAACCAGGUCUGGCUUUCCAUCAACCGUGAGGGUGUCUUCUACGGCCAGUGCUCGGAGCUGUGCGGCGCCAACCACACGUACAUGCCUAUCGUUGUGGAGGCCAUCAGCCCCCGCCAGUUCCUCACCGAGUACGUGAAGAAGUGGAUUCAGUAAAGCAGCCGGCGUGGUCUGCAAGCUCCUUGGAGCAGCUUACCGGAAAUUUUCUUUCGGAAGCAAUGGCUUGUCUUGUGACAGUGUGCGUGCGUAUGCCUUUAGUUAACUGGAUGGUGAAAUAGUUUAGGUGACCUUGACCUUUGCUACCGUCGUGCCCUUGGGCGUUUAGGGGAACAUGUGUCAGUGUGGAACUGGCUCCGGUGUCCCUUGCUCAUAGUGCACCUGGCGAGCAAUGCAGCUUAUACUCGCAGUCCGAUAGGAGCAGUGUUUUCCGCUGGGUGGUUACCAGCUGGGAGGGCCAAGCAUGUUGGUCCCAGUGUAACAUAUGGUACACUUGUUGCCAUCGGCUUCACUCCGGGUUUCGUUGCGCUAUAGCAGCUUGUGUGUGAAGUAGUCGCGGCUGAAGUCGAAAGGGGAAGCAGCGAGUGGCAGCAACUACCGUUGUAGACAACGUGUGGGUAUGGGCCCCAACUGUCGAGUCUAGCUUUGGGGCGGUGCAACGUACGUACAACCAAGGCUUGGAUGGGUAUGGAACAGUUGGGGAGACCGAAAGCAAACAUGCAGCGUACCGGUCCAGCAUGGCAAUGGGGUACAUCGGAAUCGCUGCACAACAGCGGCAGCAGUACUAUUCAAUAUCUACCCAAGUAGGAGCCUUCAGAGGCACGGAAAACAUGCAUAGGGUCACCGUAGUUUGACCAAGGGGUCAAUCAGCAGAGUACGUUCGAUUGUGUGCUGGAAGCGACUACUGUUACCUAAGCAGCAAAUAUCUUUUAAGAUCCUUUUGGACGCGGGAUCUGCUGCACUCAGGACAUGUGUUUAGCGUCUGUCUACGGUACUAGCCAUGGGGCCCAGGGACACCCCAGGUAUAGGCAGCAGGGUUAGCCUUGUCACAGUUGUCCGGAUCACCGGCAGGCCUCCUCUUGGUGGCUGUCCAACGCGUUCCGCUUCUCAUUGCUACACAACCCCCAAUGGCUGGAUGGAUGAGUCUCCCUUCGCCCUCCGUCGACACGUGUACGACACCUGCAGAUGGUACCGGCAGGUAAUGCCACAUGCUUUUCCCUACGCGUUAGCCAAAUCGUUUUUCUCCUUGCACAAUUCUAGUUUACCUUUUGUCGACGGCUACCCUUUCUACUCGCAGAUAGCUCUGAGCACCUCAAUUGUUGAGCCCUCAACGUUCUUCUGCGUUAGGUUCACUGAACUAUCAACAACAUGGAUGGAAAUACCAAUUGGCGUUCUGGGAAAAGACAUUGCUCCGUUCGCUUUCAAUGGCUUUUAUUCGUUAUCAUGGCAGUUGGCUGCAAGGCCACCACCUUUCGGGACGGUGACUAUAUCCACAGCUCACGAAAAGCUCAAUUUCAUCAGGCCCGAACGAACUGGCAGGACUUGCUCGGACAACACUGCCCACGGUUUGGCAUUGACCGUUUGGUAGCUGUCCCAAUACCAAAACCACAGUUACCGUUUGGGAAAGGAGAUACUUACAAACUACAGUUCUCCUUCGAUGGCGACCGCCACCUGACCCCCUGGCUACCCCUGCUAGGGGAGGGGGCUCCUGAGGUGCCGUUAGUGCGGGUGACGCUGCGUCGCUCGGGCGAGGAGCUGCUGGGGGCAUCUGCGGAGGUGGUUGACGCGCCCCCCGAGUACAAGGCGCGUCACCCGGUGUUGGCCGCGGAGAUGCGCAACGUGAGCCACUGGCCCAAGCACGUGCUGGUGCACUACUCCUUCGACACGCGUAACGAGGUGGACCUGGACCGCGGGCUGUACCUGCUGUUCCCAGCGGGCCUGCUGGCGGUGUUGGCUCUGUGUGUGAGUGCGCUGCGGGGCGUGCAACCCAAGCUGGCGCAGUUCCUGGCUGAUGUGACGUCGGAGGGAACCACAGCGGCAGCGGCCAUGUGGAAGGGCUCGGACGGGAAGGGAGAGUGAGGGGAGAGGUGGUGAGGCGACAGGCGAGGAGGUGUGCUGGCAGUUCAGCAAAGCUUGGUUUGGAUGGGGGAAGGAGCUGUCGCAUGGAGCUCUCCCUCUUUGUGUGGGCCUUGCGCUGCCGCUUGCCAAGUACUAGGCGUUUGCUCCGAUGGUGGUGUUCUGCUGUAGCUUAACGGCAGGGGAAUUGUGUGGUGGCAGGGCGGGAGUGCGAGGAUUGUGGUGGGUAAGGUUUCUCCACUGAUGGUGAUUUACUGCGACCUACUUAUGUUAGACCCUUGGACGGCUCAUUCGCGCUUGUGUACAGCUGCGCCCCAUGUGCCCAUGCGCGUUCCCAUGUGCCCACGCGCGUUACGUGAUUAGAAGUGCCUCCCUCUCUUUGGUGGCCUGUUCAAUGGAUGGUUCCUGGGCCCCUACGCGAUGCCCUCAACACCGGCUUUUGCUGCACCCCUCCCGCUGCGCCCUUUUGUAACACACAGCCUCAC